AUGGCGACCACAACUACUGCCACCACCACUACUUCCCUCUCCGCAACCUCAUCCUCCUACAUUCCCCGAGGACCAACAUCCGCCACGAUCACCUUCUACGGCCCUCCCGCAGACAAUUCCGCGCCGUUCAACUACGUCGAAACCCCACCUGCCGGCCAGCCUCAACGCAACUAUUCCGAAGUCGAACAUGAAGUCUCCCUCAAUGACAUCCGCGGUUCAGAGACGUCCUAUAAUCUCGACAAGGACUCCUUUGCAGCACUCCAGAAUGUCCCCAGCGCAGCAACAUACUCCACCUUCGACUCGGACGCCGCUGUCCGCGAAAUCUACUACCCGGAAGUGGAAUCCCUGCUCAAAUCGCUGCCCGGCGUCCACAAGGUCGUCCUCUUCGAUCAUACCAUCCGCCGCGCGAAACCCGGUGCCCCGCGGCAGCCGGUCACUCGCGCGCAUGUCGACCAGACCCCCCGCGCGGCCGCUGACCGCGUCAAGCUACAUAUCCCCGACGAGAAAGAGGCCGAAGCCCUGCUCGCUGGCCGGUACCGCAUCAUAAACGUCUGGCGCCCGCUCGACGAUCACGAUCUUCCCGUGCAAUCUGCCCCGCUGGGGUUUGCCUCUGCGGCUUCAGUCGACGGGAACGAUCUCGUCCCCAUUCAGCAUCGGUAUCCGAAUCGGACUGGCGAGACCAUGGGCGUUAAGCAUAAUCCGGCUCAGAACUGGUUCUACUGGUCUGGUAUGACAGGCAAUGAAAGGUUGCUGCUUAAGUGCUCCGACUCGGCAGGUCUAAAGGAUCAGAAUAUCGCGCAGUGGGUGCCACAUACUGCGUUUUGGGACCCGAGGACCCCUGAGGGUGCUAGGCCUAGGGAGAGCAUUGAGGUUAGGGCUUUGGUUUUUGGAUGA